AUGACCUUUAAUAAAAGAAGAUAAAUAACAACUUAAGUUCUCCCAACGAGGCUUAAUCUGAUUGCAAUAAUAAAUUUUUUUAGGGUGUAACCAUGCUUUCUUCCAAAGAAUAUUGUUAAAAAAAAUUUGACCACAAAGAUUUACAUCUAGGGGAUGUACACUGUGACCUUUAAUAAUGCUUUAAUCCCUUUAGGUCAUAAAGGUUAAAGUGUGUCAUAUGUGCUUAAUGUGUAGACAGGGCCUGUGUUCACACUGUGUGUCAUAUGUGCACAAUUUGCAUGCAGGGCCUGUGAUCCCACUGUGACCUUUAAUAAUGCUUUAAUCCCUUUAGGUCAUAAAGGUUAAAGUGCAUUGUAACUAUAUGCUUGUGUGUUUUGCAGGUUUCAUUCAAAUGUAUCAGUCUCAGAUGUUGAAGCAUGUGUGUUUGCAGUCUUUUACACCAUCUGUUGUAGGCCUUGCAUCCAUGUGAGCUUACUUUGACCUUUGGCCUUUGCAUUGUAGCUAUGUGCUUGUGUGUUUGGCAGGUUUCAUUCAAAUGUAACACUCUCAGAUGGUGAAGCAUGUUUGUUUGCAGUCUCAAUUUUGUCUUUUACACCAUCUGUUGUAGGCCUUGCAUCCAUGUGAGCUUACUUUGACCUCUGGCCUUUGCAUUGUACCUAUGUGCUUGUGUCUUUUGCAUGUGCCAUCCACAUUUAACACUCUCAGAUGUAGGUUUGCAGUCUUACACUUGUCUUUUACAUCGUCUGUGGUAGGCCUCGCAUCCAGGUGAGCUUACUUUGACCUCUGGCCUUUGCAUUGUACUUAUGUGCUUGUGUGUUUUGCAGGUUUUAUUCACAUUUAACACUCUCAGAUGUUAAAGCAUGUGGGUUUGCAGUCUCACACUUGUCUUUUACAUCGUCUGUGGUAGGCCUCACAUCCAGACACCUCAAUCUGAGUGCCCACUGUGCAAAAAGAACAUUGUUAAUUUCAAACAGCACCUGCGGGUCAGCCACAGAAUUGGAAAUGUUAAGGAGCGCCAGCUGUGGCAAAAGUUGGCAAGGGGCAGGGUUGUCCUUGGUGGACAAACAUGCCCCUUGUGCAACAAAUAUUAUAAAUGUUUUGAAAAACAUUUAUAUAAAUACCAUGAAGAUGUGUCUAGCAACAAGAAGGCUCAAAUUGUCAAGAAAAUGGAGUGGGAGGUCACCAUGAGGGCCUUGAUGGAGCUGGCAGCCAGCAAGCCUGCCAUCCCCAUGGUGACCUUAGUGGAGCUGCAGGAGAGUGCAAUUGAGCAAAACGAUGACUCCCCUGCCUCCACCACUCCAGCUCACCCGCCAUGUCUCAUCCCUGCCUCCACCACUCCAGCUCCCCCGCCAUGUCCCAUCCCUGCCUCCACCACUCCAGCUCCCCCUCCAUGUCCCAUCCCUGCCACACUUGUAACCUUCCCACCUGCCACCUUUUCCCUCAGCCCCACUGUCACCUCCCCAACUGCCACCUCUUCCUUGAGCCCCAGUCUUCCCCCUGCCACCUCAACUAGCCCUGAUUUGGACAUUUCUUUCUCCCCCUUCCCUGAUUUCUCUUCAACUUUCUCUCCUGCUUCUCCAACCCCCCUCUUUAGCCCGUGUGACUUUUAUAUGCAGAGGACUCCCUCCCCUAUUAUGAGGGAGGAGGCAGACCUCAUUGAGGAGCUGUGAUGUGGGGAAGCCGGAGGAAGGUUUCGAGGAGCAACCAGAACAAGACAUGGCGACAGAGGUCGAGAACACCCUAGGUUUUAGUUUUUAAAGGAUCUUGAAUUUUAAUUUAAUUAAUUUGAUGUAUUUUAAUAUGUGUUUUUAUAUUGUAAAUAGUUUUUAAUGUUGUUAUGUUCUUAUUUUUUAAUGUUCUUGUUUUAUUAAUUAUACAUUAAUGUUAAAGUUUUUCUUAAUUAAAAUUUGUAAAUAGUU